GGCACUGUUUCGCAGACGCCAUCGACCGCUGGUUUUUCAUAGAAGCACGUGGAUCUCCCACUUCGUUUUUUCGGGCAUAAUUCACUGGUUAUCAUGGGUGUCAAAGUUAAAAAGUCGCAGAAACCCGUGACAAAUACACAAAAAAAGCAUUCCAAUGUGAAGAAAUCUCCGGUGCCCACCAUUCAAAAAGGAACUAGCGUACAUCUUGCUGCCAAAAAAAAAGAAACCAAUCAGUGUUCUCCGAAAAAAGCUACAAAAAAUGUAUCCCCUGCCCCACCAAAGAGUGUUAUCACCCUUGAUCCAUCAAAAAAUUCAAAAUGCGAAUUACUGACAUCUUCGGUUGAGGCAGCUGUGAUUGCAGCAUUCAAAGCAUGGUCUUGCACACUCCAAAAAACAAAAAGUGGGCAGCUUUUUGAAGAUGACCCACAUCCUAUCAAUCUUCUUGUCUCCGCAAUAAAGAUUUCAAGUUCUGAUGCACAACCCCUGAGGGUUAAGCUCCCAAACCCAUUUUUGGAUGGAGAUUGUGACAUUUGUUUGAUUGUGAAGGAUUUGGAGAAAGGAUGGAAGGUAGAUCAUGAACCUACUACCCAAAAUUAUCAAGAACUUCUUGACAGUAAAAAUGUCUCCUUUAUUACCGAGGUUAUGCCUUUACGGCAGUUGAGAGUUGAGUUUAAACCAUUUGAGGCAAGAGGUAAAUUUGCCAAACGAUUUGAUGUUGUGUUGGUUGACAAAAGGAUUGCAAAAUUUGUCCCAAGAUAUCUUGGUAAAGCUUUUUAUCAAGCUGGCAAGCUACCAGUGCCAGUUGACCUGGAAGCUGAGGAUCUUUUAAUGGAAAUGAAUCGAGCUUUGUCUACAAGUAUGAUGCCUAUGUCUAAUAAUGGUACAAGUACACAAAUGCAGAUUGGGCUGUCGAAUCAGACGGAAAAGGAAAUAGUUGAGAAUAUCAUGGCAGUCUAUCAGAGUAUGCAAAAACAUUUCCCCGGCAAAUAUGCAAAUGUCCGUAGCUUAUGUAUUCGUUUCGGCAACCACCCGUGGACUGUACCUAUCUACGUCAGUUUUGCCACUCGAGAUACAGUGUCAUUGCCAAUUUCAAAGAAACAUACUGAACCACUCAUUGACGAUCUAAGCACACUUGCACCGGGCUGGAAAGUUGCUGUGUAUCCUAGUGGCGAAGUUAAAAAGAUUCCCGACGAAAAGUACCAACGCACGGAUUUAGACGCUGCGAUUGAAGACUUCGAAACACCUGAAAAUAUCCAAGAACAAGAAGAUGAAGAUAUGUCUGAUACCGAAAUUGAAGAAAAACUUAUUACGGUUGCCAGAACUUCAAAAAGUUCUAGAAAAGCGGAAAUAUCAGACGUUGAAGAAGAUGAAUCAGAAAAUCCAGAAAACUUGUUAAAAACUUCGAAGGAAAAGAAACUCGCCGAUGAAAGCAGUGAAGACGAAGGCGAUGCACUGGAAGAGCAGUAUAUGAAUGAACUAGAUACCCUUGAAGGUGAAUUACUUGGACAACAGGAUAAAGAGGAGACAGAACCAGAAAAGGUUGAACCCGAACCGAAGAAAACCAAAAAGAAAGUAUUUAAAAAAUCUAUUGUCAAGAAAAAGGAAAAACACUAGCCUAAAGACCAUGUAAGGCCUGUGUAAGUUGUUGUGUUGAACCACUUGACAAAUAAAUUACCGAAAUUUGGCGAA